UCUAGGGCCAGUGGCCGUGGCUGCGUCCGCGGAGGACUGGUGCCGGCUUGUGGGGGUGGCAAGAUGUGCGCUCCAUGGAAAGUUGGAGCCCGCCCGUAUAGGCCCAGGGGUGGGGUCGCCUCUAAUUUGUUUUGUCUUCUGCUUAGGGACACCUCACCUGUCACUGAAGGGAAACGGAGGUGUCAGGGGCUCAGAGAUCCGAGACCAGAGGGAGAUGCACUGAGGCUGGCUGUCCCCCAUAAAGGGCCUCUCGGAAGGCACUUCCAGGAAUGCCUAGAAUCCCAUUCGAGCCAUUUGGAAGGGGAAAGGAGUUAAGAAAAAAUGAGGCAGAAGGAAGUGUUAGCCAAGACCUUCCAAGGCCCAGCUGUUGUCUGUAGGACUCCAAACAGCCACGUUUACAUGUUCAAGAAUGGCAGCGGGGACUCCGGGGAGUCCUCCGAGGAAGAGUCACAUCAUGUAUUACGACCCCGUGGCAAAGAGCGCCAGAAGAACAGCAUCCAACAGCAUCCGGGAGCAGGCAACGUGGUUCUGCUGCAGCGGGAGCUGGCCCAGGAGGACAGCCUCAACAAGCUGGCUCUCCAAUAUGGCUGCAAAGUCGCAGAUAUCAAGAAAGUGAACAACUUCCUCAGAGAACAAGACCUGUAUGCUUUGAAAUCGAUCAAGAUUCCGGUGAGAAAACAUGGGAUCCUCACAGAGACCCACCAAGAACUGACCCCCCUGGGGGGCCCAUCCUCUGAGACCAGAGUGACCCUGGUAGAACUGCCUGAAGAUGAAGAUGCCACUGGGGCACCUGCUCAGAGUAACCAACUGAUGGAUUUCUUUAAGGGAAUUGAUGAGAACAUUGAGCGGGCUGUGCAGUCUGACGUCUUCCACAGUGACAGCUGCUGUGUGGAGGCCGUAGAUCAGCCACUGCUCCCCACAACCCAGAAGCCACCAGCCGAUGGUGCAGACUGCGGGAUUCAGUGGUGGAAUGCUGUCUUCCUCAUGCUUCUCAUUGGGAUUGUGUUGCCGGUGUUUUAUCUCGUCUACUUUAAAAUCCAAGCCACCGGGGAAGCCUCAAGUAGCUUGAAUGCAACUGUUGUCCCCAAUGGCUCAAUGACACUGAGCCCAAUUCCAGGACAAGCCCCCAAUUUGGCAAUUCCAGUGCACACCCUCCCCCCUUCAGACAGCCAGGUCAGCUCAACCACCCAGGUAGGGGCCUAAGCUCAUUUAUUCUAGAAUUGGCAAUGCUUUGGCAAUUGGCUCUUGAUGUAUGUAGCUGUCACUGGCUGUUUGCUGGGAGUGUUGCAUUUAGCUUCCUGAGAUGUAUGGACAUUAAAGAAGUUGUCAUGUCAAUCUGGAUUGUAUGGACUGAGGAAUGGCCUGGCCUAACACAAGGAUGCAGGAGCCCAGACAUCAACAUUGCAGCGAGAGAGACAUUUGCAUGAAAUUAGUGGCUGUUUCUUGAAGACAUGUAGGGACUGGCUGUGAGGUCCUGUGCAGCUACUCUGUGGGCUCCUAAGUAGAGCACGACAAGGUAUCGGCAGUAUUGGUGCUCCACUGUUAGAUGGGGUCAAAUGUCAGUGUAUCCCUGUCCUCUAAGGGUGGGGGUGAGCUCACAUGUCCUGUGUCUGGGUAAAUCAAGGUGCUAUGCAGUAAGUCAUUGAGUUUUAGAGUGAUGAAUUGCAGUUAUGACAGCUUGACAUGUUUGCCUCUUCACUUGACCCCAUUGAAGCAAUGUCACAUCAGAAGUGACAAAGAUCUAAACUGCCAUCCUUUGAUUUAAGCUGCCAUUCGGUCCCUCACAUGGUUGGAGCUUUAUGUUCUUACACAUGGGCAUAUCUUAAGCCAGACACUGGGUCACCUCUCACAUUCACAGUAGGAGCAUCUCUGGUGAUGGAUUCUCCCAGUUGGCAUCUUGGGAGCAGCUGUUAUUGGCAAGUAGUCUGAAGGGACUACAUCUGACAUUGAGGUUCUAACACAUGCGCCUCUGAGGCCAAUCCACUGUCAGACCAGUGUUGGCAAGAACUGUAGGCCUCUACCCCACCCUCCACCUUGUCCAUGUGUGCCUGAAGCAGAGUAUUUUUCCUGCUGUACCCGUGACUAUUUUUUUGGAUAAUAUUCUUAACUUCCAGAUUCUGUGUCUCAGUGUUAAAACCAGACAUGAUGCCGGUGAGCUUUCUGUUACUGUACAAAAUAAUCUUAAGUAGGAAAGGUUCAUCUUGGCUCAAGGUCUCAAUCCAUGGCCUGAUUUGGGGGUGCCUUAUGGUAAGGACACAUCAUGGAGGAGAGUGUGUGGUGGAACAAAUUGCUCAUAAGACCAGAAAGAGAGAGAGAGACAAGGAGGUUGUUGGGUCCCAGUGUCACCUUCAAGGCCAUGCCUGCAGUAACCUAACUUCCUCCCACUAGACCCCAUCUCUUAAUGUUUCCACUCCUUCCCAAUGCCAAGGUGAGGACCAAGCUUUUAGGAUACUUGCCUUUGGGGGACAUCCGAACCCAACAGGGAGACAUUGGCUGUGAAAGGCUAUAAAAGGCAGCACCAGACACCAGAGGGUGCAAGACGCCCAAGGUUUUCUGAGGCACUCCCUGGAGGCGGUGGCCAUCAGUGUGCUGGAAGGGGUAAGUCAGCUUGCCUUGUCACAGCAGAAAGGGACCGAGGUGGCUGGGGUCUCAGCUUCAGGGUAAACAGAAAGCAAGCACAUUGCUCCAGUGGUGAGCGUGGUGGAUGCUCGGGCCACUUGACACUUAGGCCUGGAAAUCCGAUCAGAGGAGCAGAGUCCUUGAGCCAGCUAGCUGUUCAGUCAGGAAAACAAUCUGCCCAGGGUGCAGACAGCAAAUUUAAAUCACCUUCAGAAUUAAAUAAACCCAUGGAUGUUGAUACAAUAUUGAUCAUGUUAAGUGAUUUCUAUCUGGAUGCUCAUGACCAUUGUGGCUGUGAAGUUUCUCUUAAAUGUUGUCACCAGUAACUUCAGCAGGCAGGGCUCAGAGUCCCAGGGAAGAACCACUUUUGCCAGACAAACAAUGUCGCAUUUUUUUUCUGUAUUCUGUCUCAAGUGUUGGGGACUGUCUAUGACUGCCUGUGCACAGUCCUGUGUAGGCUCCGAAGUAGAACAUGACAAGGGAUCCGCAAUGUCAGUGGCCCUGGGGUUGGAUGGUGUCAGAUGACUGUCACAGUGACCCUGCCUGCUAAGAGUUAGGGUGGGCUUGGCUCAGAGAUGCGUUCUGUGUCUGAGUAGACCAAGGUGCUCUGCAAUAGUAUCAGUAUGUCACUGAGUUUUUAGACGAGUUACAGUUUUAACUUGUAUUUUCUGUAUUUUUCUCAAGUGGAAUAAAAUAUUUCUUCUGUGAAGGAAA